CAGCAGAGGCAUUGCUUCUCUAUACAACACAGAUUUCAGAUCUCUUGUGAUGUCAUCUUGUGCGAUGCACUCUCAGGCCAAAAUGUUCAUGGUCAGAGCUCGUUAUGUGUAAUACCUGAAGCAGAUGUUCUGUAAAACGGAACUUCAUACUUCAGUACCAAAGAUGCUGUGACAACAUUGGCUUCAUCUCUGAGGAACAACAAGUGAUUUAUACGACAAUGACGUAACAUCACCUGGCUCUUCGCAUAGUCUGUGAUGGAGAAGGUUCCAAACACGACCACACCGACGGAAGUAGGCAGUAGUGACGUCUCCACAAGAUCCAGAAACUUUAGUACGAGUGUCUUCCUGCCGGCAGACUCUGACGGGGGGGUGGACCAGGAAAAGGGGGUCGGCGGUGUCGCCGUGACCCCUCAGGACAUGGGUUCGACAUCCAGUAAGCAGUCUAUUACAACAACAUUGCCUCCCUCACCUACACCGACGCCAGUAACCGACAACUUCACCGAGUUCACGGUGUGGACCGAGGAGUUCUGGAAUUCUUCAGCGACGCCAACGUUAAGUUUGCUGGUGACGACGCAGAUAAACCUCGCAAAUGAUACAAAUGUGUCAGUGGCCACUGAUUUGAUUCCCGAAGAGGGCGAUGCUUCCUGUGUGGAGUGGGAAGCAGCUCAGCAUAAUCUCUUCCAAACGGCUAAUCUCUUCUUCGCCGCAGCUUUCAUUGUUCCGCGCAGUUUUAAGCAGAGUUUACUCCUCCUCAGAGCGUUUCUGUGCGUCGGGUUUUUCCUGUCGGCGCUCUGGGCCGGUAUCCACGUCUGUGCACCGGACGCGUUCGCCUGGAGCGUCGGUUUAGUUUUCCUGAACGCAGUGCACACCGCCUUGCUAGCCUGUCGCUUCCUGCCUCCGCCUCUAUCCCUGGAGCUCACUGAACUAUACCUGAAGCUGUUCAAGCCCCUGCGCGUCAGCAAAAAGCACUUCAAGGAACUAACUCGCGAGGGGCAGUUGAUGCAUCUGGAACCCGGGGAAACGUACGCAGUGGAGGAGGUCACUCCGGCAGAUGAGAGGUUGUCCGUGCUCUUGAAAGGAAAAUUGAGGGUCACGUGUGACGACAUGCAUCUCCAUUACGUCCAGCCGCAUCAGUUCAUCGACUCUCCGGAGUGGGAAGCGAACCAUGACAACAGCGAUGACGUCUUUCAGGUGACAAUAACGGCAGAACAGGAAUGCCUCUACAUGUGCUGGCCACGCCUCAAACUGGAGCGGGUGCUCAGACAUCGGCCAUUACUCAAAGUGGUGCUCUCCAACAUUAUAGGUAAGGACAUCACCCACAAGCUCUACUCGCUGAAUGAACACCUGGGGGCAGUGGCGAACAGCGAUGCAGCAAGUAAUGCCCUGGGGCGUCAGCCGGACCAUUGGCGUGCGAUGAACCGCAGUUUAAGCGUGGAUGCGGUCCACACGGGGACCAGAGGUCACGUCCGGUCCCUCGCUUGGCGGGCGCAGCAACAGCGUAGAACCUCCGCAACAUAUUCCGACAUGUUUCUAUCCCUAGGAUCUACAUCACCCUCAAGACUUCAGCAGCAACAGUGCUGGGUCCCAGUGGUAGCCAACCACUUCCCCGCAAAUUCUCCAUUUUCCACCUACCCUCACGCCGUUAUCACCACCACCGCGGCCGCUGCAGUGGCGACAGUGGUCACGGCCGCAACUACCUCUGCCGCGCAGCAGUUCACAGCCUCACCGCCUAUAGCGCUAGUACCCGUCGUAGUACCAGUUCUAGCGCCGCCACCGGCCCCGAUAAACACUAGAUCCAGAUCUAUUCGACGAUCAGGUGGCCGAGAGGUAAAGUUCGAGACGCCUGUCUGACGUCAGCUUCCAGACGUGGGAGAUGACGUCUGUAAAGAACUCAUCCCAUAUACAAGCAGCAAUUCUGUACAAACUGAUGUUCAGCUGUUUACUUUCCCCCGCGUAAUUUAAUAUCACAGUUCUCUAGUUCUCUAUGAAACAUGUGGGGUUCAUAUCAUCGGUAGCACUCCCAGAAAAGCAAACUUAGGGACAUUUUAGUAUCCUUGGAUAUGCUGGGGCCCUGUUUAAAAUGAAAACAUAUGUAUCUACGAAGGAAGUUCCCAUAAAGGUUGAAAUAUUUUUUAUAUUCAUAAAAUUCGUGCACAAAAGAAAGUGACUUGUUUGUAGUGUAAAGAUACUUGAAUACUGUGAAAAUUUCGUAAACUUGAAACCACUACCAGCGAAGCUUAACGAAAAUACAUUAAUGUGUACCACGCAUGACUCUACUGCCCCACAAGGAUUAAUGGCACAAUUGUAACUUCUCUGACGUAAAAGGAACACAGUUAGUUUUAAACUGAACUGAAAAUGAAACCGUGAAUGGUUCCCGAACUUAUAGUUCAACACACAUCUAGAUUAUUUACAAUCAAUGUAAACAGAAACUUUAUUAAUGUUCUGCUGGAGGAUGUCGUUUUGUACUUUGUGCUUUUUGUACUAAAUGUUAUAAAAAUAUAAGAUCAGUGAAAUGAGAUAUAUAGUAAUAAUACGUUUCUACGUUGAGAUGUUCUUAGGUCCGUUGUGAUGUGUUCAGAAAGUAUUCGUAUAUUUAAUGUGAUUGAGAGACUAGACCUUUGUGUAGGAGCACUCCAUGAAGCGGAUAUUUCAGGGUGGCAUCAAGAUGUUCUAAAUUCGCAUUUAAAUUUCUUUGCAACAUCUUUGUAAAACGGAAAACUCACUGAGGCUCCGUUUCCAAUGGUUGUGUAAGACUUUACUAUAUAAUGUUAUCUUAUCAAAGUAACUUUCCAAAAGUACAUAAAUGAUUUUAUAAAUUUGUAAUGAAGAUAAGUGUACAAUGUUGUCGUAAAAGUUUAUUCCCAGCUCUCUUUUAAUUGUAUUUCUAAUCUGAAUUUACACCAUUCAUUCUUCGGUACAUACGUAUAUUUACGAUACAAACGCAUCAAACUGAAAUCUCAAGUAAAGAAGAACAGUCACUGAUAAGAACACCUGAGGAAUACGUCGUAGUAUUUCUGAAGUAAUAUUGUGAAUGAGAGUCCCUAUGUAUUUUCUCUGGUACAAAUAUGAGAUUAUUACGUAAAUUCUGGUAAUUGAAGAGUAAUAUGAUUUCCAGGCAAAAUCAUUUACAUUAAAGGAAACUAAUGUUAAGAGGUUUAAAGAUGUUGAACAAAUGUGUGUUUUUAGACUGAUGCAAAUUUGAGACAUUUUCCAUCGUCUCGUUUUGGUUUGAGAGGUGCUCUGAAGCUGGUCUGUUCACAGCCACCACGUAACAAUAUGAAACUAACUAUUAUUUCAAAACAAUGGACCCGCAACAGUAGGUUUAAUACUUUACUUAAAUAAUGGCAGAAAACGAAGCUUCCAAAACACUAAAUUUCUUUAAAUCUUUGACUGUUGAAACUCACUACAGAGCUACGUGCUGGAAAUGCGAAGGUUGUUUGGGUUAAAUGCCAUUAUAUAUAACAAUUCACAACACUGUCGUAGAUUACCAUCGAACUACCACAGACAUAGACAGCAAGAAAGCCCGUUAUUUUCUACAAAUGCCAUUUUGUAUAACACAUAACGCCAUCUGUUGACAAAAAUACUCUACUAUGUGAUCAAUAUUGAGCCGAUCUCUUUGGUCCCGAUAGUUUUAACGCAAGCAUGCCGAGCCGAAUUCGUCUGAUAGUGGGGCUCAUAGGGUUAAAAAGAAAUGUGAAGUUGGAAAGUGUCCGAAGUAUGUGUCAGUUUAAACGUUAACUCUGUGUGCUUCAUUUUCAAUUGUCGUUUCUGUUUAGGCUCGCUUAAAUCAUAAAUAUAAAUCUGUUACUUAAAAAGAAAAAUAUUAUAUACUACACAGAUGCCUUAAAUUAUCAAAGACUGCAAGUUAAGGGAAGUUGUGCAUGUAAUAUUGCAAGAUAUAAAAUAUACAAUAGAAAAAUAACUUGCUUUAAGACAACUAUAGGGUGGAUGAAGAUUAAUGUAGAUUGCAAAAAAAAAAAUAAAUAAAUAAUAAAAUGAAAGGCGUCUACAUCAUGGAUAUGUGUAUCUGCACAAAAAACCGGGUAAGACCUAAAUUAUAUUGCACCCGUGAACUGUAAAGGAAGCCACCAAUGGCGGGCUUCUCUUCUAAUAAUUACAUAAUAAGCACAUCACGUGUACUGAACCCCGCGAACUACACAGAAAUUGUGUUCUAUGUUAUAAUUAUGUUGUGUAACAAAUUCUUGUCGUCAGUAUAUGUUGACCGUAACACGAUGUGAUAGUUGUUGGGCUUUCAAUGGAUUCACAACAGGAAAUAAUCAUUUGCCUAAACCUGAUGGUAUAUUUGUUGUUUGUCACAUUGUAUGGAAUAAGUAUUUUGCAAAAAUAAAGAUUUUGUGUAUGGAUUAGGCCUAAUUAGGACCAUAUAUGGCCUCUAGAAUAUUGUCCAAGAAGCAAAAGCAAUGGUAUAUGUCUCUCUUAGACUGGUGAAGAGUUGUGUGUUGUCAAUAUGAUGUUGUGAUAGUAGAAUGUAUCAGAUGUAAAGGAAUUCUGAUAGACUAUUACUUUUUGUCUGUAAUUUCUGUUCGAUUUUGAUCAGGUUAGUGGUUCCCAUUUUCCCAGGGACAAACCAACAACAUAAUGUUCUCCGCAUAUCACGUUAAGUUGACCUGUCAUAUAUUUUGCCCAUUACUUUAAGUUGCAUCCAAAUAAGUUGUUUCUAUGUUACAGAUAGUUAAGUAUGCUUUUGAGGAUAUCUUAUUAUGAGCUGGACGUCUGUUAGUUUAAGUGACUUACGAAAUACUCUAUAAAUAAGUUAUGGCAGGUUAUGAACACACCAUGUUCAUCCUAAGGCAGUCCUAUAUCUCUAUAAAUUAGAGAGCAAAACAUAUUUAGUAAAGGAAAAUGAUGUCAUAUACAUAUAAUUAAUCAUCAAAAGAGCUUAUGUACAUAGUUAUUAAGGGUAUAUAAUAUAACUAUGUAAAACCUGUGAAAGAAAACUGUCAAAGAUUGAAAAUACUGAUACGCUCUCAGCUUUUUGUGCUGGCAAUUUUACAAAUUAUGGUCUUCUCUGUUGUAAAAUUUUGUAGAUUUGUAGGCGUUUAUUGACAUUUCGGAGCAAGAAUAUACCUUCAUCUUCAGGGUUGAAAUGCGUAAGGUGAGGAUUCAGUUUGGUUAUGCUGGUUGUAAAUAACACGCUCCUUUCAAGACCACAACAGGCUUACUGUUUUAGGUCACAGAAGCGAAAUAGAACUGUAUCAAAUUUGGUCAUAUUAAAUCCCAAAAUGUUGCUUUUGGCUGUCUUUCUUCAGAAUUCCAUUUCCGUCCAGUGACUGAAACAAGUAAUGUGGCCCUAAAAUGGGCCGCUUCCAUAUUCACCGUUCCUAUUGGCUCGGACCGAGCUCCACUCCCCCCUCUAGCUCUGAGUGAUGGCCCUCCUUUCAAGCCGCCUACCUAAUCCACUAACGACAGGGCGUGAUCUAAUGUGCUGAGCCUGAACUGACAGAGGCCUUAUAUAUCAUCAUCAUCAUCAGUAAUCUGUCAAGACGACAGGU